AUGCAGAUCUUCAUCAAAACUUUGAAUGGUAAAACUAUCAUUUUGGAAGUUGAGUCAUCAUAUCCCAUUGAAAAUAUAAAAGUCAAGAUCCAAGAAAGGGAAGGUUAUCCAACACACCAUCAACAUCUGUUAUUUAUCAAUAAGGAACUUAAAGACGGACAUACUCUUUCCGAAUACAAUAUUGAAAACGAAUCUACUAUUCACGUGGUGUUCCGUCUCCUUGGUGGUAUGCAAAUCUUUGUUAAGAAGGCCAUUACAUUGGAAGUGGAACCAUCUAAUUCCUUUGAAAAUGUUAUGGCCAUUAUCCAAGACAAAGAAGGUAUCCCACCAGACCAACAACGUUUGAAGAGGAAUCUUGGUUUCUUAGGAUUCUUCUAG